UCAUCGUCAUCGUCAGGUAAACCAGCAAUCUGGGAGGGUAGCAGGUCGACAUUAAGUUUGUCUGCACUUCUUAAUGAAAACAACAGUAUUAAAUUCCAGGUCCUCAGGAGCAGAUCAGGAUGCCUCUGAGGAAGCAAACAAACAAGGAUGCGAGUGACAUUCCCCCUGAAAGCCAGCAGAUCGACGAAAGCACACAGGAGCAAGAAGCUGUCGAUGACGGAGACGACAAGGACGAGCUCUCAUCAUCACUUCUGUUACCGCCAGUAGCGAGACACAAGCGCAGGAGAGAGAGGGAAAGCAAAUCUAAAAACAAAGACAUGACAGAGGAGGAAAUGAUGGACCUGGCCCUGCGUCUGAGUGAACAGGAAGCCAGUGACACGGCGCUCAGACUGCAGCAGGAAGAAGAGGCUGUGAUGAAAGCCAUUCAGGAGAGUAUGGCCGGUCAGAAACAACCGUGCCCUCCUUCCCAGAGUCAGAGCCUGCUCGCCAACGCCGAGGCCUCGCUCAGACUCUGCGCUCGGCGUAAGCUCCUCUACUCGAACGCGAAGAAGGCGUCGGCCGUCGAUCAGGGAGCGUCACAGGAGGUCUGCGCGGCUGAGACAGACCUGAACAGAGGUGAGCCUGCUCAUAGCUCUGAUUCGACCCAGAUCGACGACUGUCAGCUCCUUAAAUCCCCCGUCUUCCCCUUGACCGGCUGCAGAGCAAAAGUUCAAGUCCCCCGGUUGAGCCAAGACCUGCUGGAGACCUGCAGGUCCUCAGGGUUUGUGUUGUGCUCUCAGGACACCUGGACCUCGACUGAAAUAUCUGUCCCCGUUCAACUCAAGAGUCCGACGUUUCCCAAAAGCCCCAAAAGCUCCAGUAACCUCACAACCUGUCCUAAAAGUCCUGUCUUCUCGGGGACCGACCAGGGGGACGACGGGGAGACGGAGCUGAAUCCUGAGUAUCUUAAAAGUCCUGUAUUUGGCAGGACUACUCAGCGUGAGGGGUCUCCAAGUGCCUCCAAAUCCCACCCAACCUGUGAAAACUCAGGGUUCAUGUUCACUUCUCAGGACAGUUUAACUUCCUCUGUGAGGUCCACAUCCUGUCGGCCUCAGAGCCCAGUAUUCCCCAGAAGCCCCGGUCCUCUCAACAAGCCCGCCCCCCCAGAGAGACCAACAAUCUGCAAAAGCCCCGUGUUCUCAGAGACCGACCGAGGACGGACGGAGCAACGUCACGGCUGCUCUACGAGCCCGGUGUUCAGCAGGACUGGACCACGACAGAGGAUUCAUCUGGACCUGCAGGACAAGCCUGAGGGUCCUUCAGGGAUCAGGGAUCCUUCUCAGGGUCCGGGGCAGGACAACAAGACUGACCUCAAACCAGACGGCAGUUUGAACAAGAUCACCUCAUUCCAGUCAGAUGAAGCACAGGAGCCGAAUGACACGUCUAAAGACUGCAGCUCAUCGGAGAGGGAGCUGACCAGUGACAUGACGCUGCUGUGGUCGGACGAUGACGAGGCCGUCACGCCGGUCGGCUCUCCCAGCCCCGUCUUCCCAGAGGAGAGACCCGGUCCUCGGGCAGACGGUCCUGCUGCGUCCCCGAACCACGUGACUGCAGCUUCUCCAGGGACAACCAGGUCCAACGGCAGCCUCAGGUGCGUCUCAGGUCGGAGUCUCGAUCAAAGCGGCCCGGAUAAACAGAUCUCGCCCGGACCUUCUUCCUCUUCCACAUCCACCUCCCGACAGCAGCCUUCCACCACAGAGCGAGAACCACGGCCACCCAGCAGCGAGGGGGCGGUCGGCAGGACGUCACCCCCGCCUGGGGAGCCUGCAGACGGGCCGACGGUUCACUACUACUGGGGCGUUCCCUUCUGUCCACGAGGCCUGGACCCAGACACCUACACACAGGUGAUCCUGGCUCAGAUGCAGGUGUAUGACAGGAGUCUGAAACAGGCUCAGAGGUGUCUGCUGAGGAAGGCGGAGUGGGGGGAGCCCAUCCUGCCACAGCCAGAGAAAUCCCCCUCACCCGAGCCGACGGUUGAAUCACCUCAGCAUCACGUUAUUCGAAGACGUGGUCUCAAGCUGAGAGGCAACCGACUGCGUGAAUCGGCUGACGCCCCUCCUGCUGAGGCAGAGGAGGAGGAAGACGAGAAGGCCGGAGGGGAAGAGGAGGAAAGAGAGAAGGAGAACAAAGUGGAGGAGGAGAAGAAUGAGCGGGGAGGAGGUGAAGGAGGACAGAUGGACACCGAUGACUGUGAGGUUUGUCCAGAAACACAACUGAGCGGCGACAGCACGCAAGAUCUGACGAUGAUCACUGACGCUGGAGCCGAGCUCCGACCUGAAAGCCGACAUCUCCCUGAGGUCGAGGUGAUUCUCCGAGACGAUUCUUCGGCCAAAGCCAAGCCACAGGAGGAGGAGGAGGAGAUGGAGGUGGAUGUGGAUGUGGAGGUUGACGCUCCAGUGGAUGGAAAGACGGAGGGAAACAUCGCCAUCAGCAGCCAAAAGGAGGAGGUAACGGAGCGCGGGGAGGAUCCGGAUGUGGAGGAGAUAGAGGACAGAGGGCUGAAGAGGUCGACGUCUCCGGAACCGGAAUCAGCCGCCGUCCCUCAGAGUCCUGAGACCAACGUGGACUGUCCCAUCUGUCAGGGAUCGUUCCCCGUGACAAGGAUCGAGCUGCACGCGGCGUACUGCGACGGAGAGGUGGCUGUCGUGGACGAGACGAGGCCUGAAGUCGACCGUUUCCUAGCGUCACUGAAGCCACGCAGGAAGAGAACGAGGAGAGGAGAGGUGACGGCUGAAGAGACAAUGGACUCCUCCAACACCGAUAAGAACCAGGAGAAGUGUUACAUCUGUCAGAAAGCCAUUCCUCUGAGAGACUACAGCCGACACACCGAACUCUGCAUCCGACGCCGGCCGUCCAAGACUGAAGCGAGAGGAAACCUGCUGUCGGCUCUGGAGCAAACAGAAAGCAGGGACUCAGAGGCCGGACCGUCUGGAUCCAGACUCCAACCAGAAGAGGUCAUCGACCUGCGGGACGACGACGAUGAUGAAGAGGUGGGCGCCGUCGCGGCGUUCAGGGUCAGCAACUCUCCCAUCAGAUCCUUCACUCCGAUCUCGGAGGCCAACGACUGCCUUAUCGACUUCAAGAAACAGCAACGAGGCAAGAAGCCGAGCCAAAGACGAAGAUGAAGAAAAAAGACUGAGAAGACUGCGAACCGGAGCCUUAACUGAAGAACGAUCAGGGCGUCAGGACGUGACAUCACAUCACAGUUAGAAAAUGACUGGACGACACCUUCUUCUGGGUAUUUGUGCAGGUGAACGAACACAAACUGAACCCUUUGAAUCUCACAUCUGUCCGGAGUGCAGAGGAAACCUGGUCGUGACUCUUUCUGUGCCACUAAGUGUUUUUGUGUGUUUACGUUUGUUCGUGUCUCAGACUACCUCUUCACGUAUCCACGAGUUUCCUCUUUGUUACUGUAGCUUUGCUCUGAUUUCCUGAGUG